UGACGUUGUAGAACGGCUGUGGAUGAUCCGUUCGAGUGUAGCUGCCUGAUAUAUACGAGGGGAAAGCAUCUUUCUGAGUGAGAAUGAAUGUGGGUGUAGCACACAGUGAGGUAAACCCAAAUACAAGAGUUAUGAACAGUCGUGGAAUGUGGCUGACUUAUGCCCUUGGAGUUGGAAUGCUUCACAUUGUACUACUUAGUAUUCCUUUCUUCAGUGUCCCCGUGGCCUGGACACUAACCAAUGUCAUUCACAACCUGGGAAUGUAUGUGUUUCUGCAUGCAGUAAAGGGAACUCCAUUUGAGACUCCAGAUCAAGGUAAAGCAAGACUCCUUACACACUGGGAACAGCUAGAUUAUGGUGUGCAAUUCACAUCAUCCCGGAAGUUUCUCACUAUAUCUCCUAUCAUCUUGUACUUCCUAGCUAGCUUCUACACGAAGUAUGACCCAACGCACUUUUUCAUUAACACCGCAUCUCUUCUCAGUGUCCUCAUUCCCAAAUUGCCACAACUGCAUGGCGUACGAAUCUUUGGCAUCAACAAAUACUGAAAAGAAAAUCUGGGAAAAGUUUCUUUUCAAGUGCACACGUUCUUGGCUCUGGCUUUUUCUGUUCUAUUAGAAUGGGUAGCCUAUUAGGCCAUUAACAGUUUAUACAUAAAAGAUCUAGCUGUAUCUUCUUUGUAAGCUGUUGGAAUCCACAUGGACUUUGAAAAGAAGGCUCCGCUCCCAGAAUGUUUUGGGAGUAGUAGAUGUUCUAGAAGGGUUUUUUCCUUUUAUUUGCUGGGCAGGCCCAGUGUUCACAUGCCGUUUGCAGUGUAUAAACAAGACUGACAUAGGUUACAAAGACGUUGGAUUGAACUUCUAAUGGGGAAUUCAUAGAUACAUUUCUAAGAAAUAUUUAUUUCAUUUUAUUUUUUCUAUCAAGUUAAGCAAUUCCAUUUGUAAGGUAAAUCUCAUUCACGUUUUAGUGUAGCCUUGUGCUGCAUGCUGUGUUGAAACGAUCCAUUAGCAGUCUUUUAUUUUCAUAUAUUUUGACUAGCUCCAGUACUUGAAGUGGGUGUCAUUUGUAUGCUUGCAUAUUUUAUGAUUAGCCGAAAAAGCUUCAUGUUACACUUGUACCUUCAUUAAUCAUCAGGUCACACACAGCGGAAGCAUUUGAACAUUUACUGGUUUAUUUAACCCUUUAAGUGUUAUGAAAUAUAUAAUCUACUGCAUCUGCAUCAUGUUAGCAAACUGCUGGUGACAUAGAUUAUAGGUUUCUGGUUGGCUGUUUGAUCUAUGCCAUCUGUGUAUACAUUACCCUGCACAGCGGAGUUGAAAGUUCUGACUGCAAGCACUGAAAGGUUUAACCCUUUUCCCUUGCAGUCUUUUUGCUAUUUUAUUUCAAAUAAUACUUUGAAAUACAUGUUAGUUUUUGUUUGAAGAGAUGUCUAGGCCAAAGCCCAGCAUCCUUUUUUAGUAAGUGAGUGAUAGUCCCUUAAUAGACAUGGGGUACAUGAGCUUACACUUGAAGUUAAUACCUAGGUAUCUAAAUAUGUAGCUAAUAGGUACGAAGAGGACGUUGCAACUAUUCCUAGCUUUGUAAAUCUAUUUUAGUGUCCAUAGUUCAAUUUUACUCCAGAAACUACCCCUAAAGAAGAAAACAUAUUCUGCAAGCUCAUGGGACACUUGAUAUAUUUUGGUGUAUUUUUGGUUUAUCCUCCCAAAAUAGACAAAAAAAGUGUAAUUCUGUGGUUCUAAAAUCUUUCUCAACAUGAUUUAUUGCAUGUCAAUGCUCCGUACUGAAUCAAAGUACAAAUAAGACUGCAGUUCACUCUUUUGUGUGAUGUGCUCCAUAGAGAGAAACUGUGACUCUGCUAUACCGGGAGUCCUCAAAUUACAUACACCCGACAUACAUACAACUCAUACUUACAGACUGGGGCUAUUACAGUAACAUACUAUGGUUUGCUUGGCCUUUAUUAGCAUUUAGCUUUAAUAAACCACCUGCCCCAAUCUCCUUUGGUGUGUGUUGUCUACUGUAGAGCACAGAAAGGUGUUGCAUUUAAUAAGUAAAUGUAUAUGUUUCAACACAUAUACAUACAAAUUCAACUUAAAGGAACUAUCACAAAAAAUAAAAUUAAAUAUAAGCUUCAGCAUGCUGAAAUAAUACGGUUUCUAAAAAUAAUAAUUAAAAAUUCUGUACCGUUUCUGAAAUAACCAGGUUUAUGUUCACUAUUCCUCUCUCCGCAUCUGUUCCUCUCUUCAUUCUGUAUUCAUGCGGGAGUUGGGUGUCAGAUAUUCAUUGACAGUUAGACCUAAUAUAUCUUAUAGGGGGCUCCUUUUGCCUAGAAGAUGUAUUAGAGCUCACUCUAUUAAAAUCACCAGACAUCAUGUCUCUCUACAUGUAGGAUUUGUGCAAAAGGCAGUUAUUUUGUUUGUACUGGAAUCAGUUAUUUGAGUGAGCUCUAAUUCAUCUGCUAGGAAAGGAAGCCCCCCUAUAAGAUAUAUUGGAUCUAACUGUUGAAUAUCUGACACCCAACUGCUGUAUGAAGAGAAACAGAUGCUGAGAGAGGGAUAGUAAAGAUAAACGUGAUUUCAGAAACAAUGCAGAAUAUUUGAUUGUUUCUUAUUUUAGUAUGAUGAAGCUUAUAUUAAAUUUUAAUUUUAUUAAAAAUAUAGAUAGUUCCCCUUUAAGGACCAACCUAUAGUCCCUAUAUCGUUUGUAACCGGGACUGCCUGUAUUUGCUUAUUCUCUUGCACUGAAGAAUGAAAAUCUGUAAAUCAAAUGUAGAAGAUCUAAAAUAGGAAAAGGGAGGAAACCGCAGCCUGAAGUGUUAAAAUACUACACAAAUGUUUCCAUACACAUUUCAUGUACUUUUCAGCAGACUGGGAAACCUAAAGCUUUUACUUUCCUUUUAUUUUUCUAGUUGGGGAAUUGCAUUGUAAGAAUUGGGGAAAGUACAACGGGCUUCCACUCUGCUUACAAUUCUAGAUUAAAAUAUAAUUUAUUUGGAGGGUUUUUUUGGCCUUUGAAACCUUUAGCCAGUUACAGCAUUUUUAUUUUAUAUUAUGAAAUCCAAAUCUUGUUCCUUCACUUUUUCUGCUUGUUUGGUCAACAAGAUUGAAAUGUUGUUAAGCAGAAAAUAUAUUUUUAAAUAACGUACUUUUUUAAUCUUUAAAAAAAAUUUGAAAGCCAGACAACUUAUCAAAGCGGAAAAAAAAAAUAAUUUUUCAACAUUAGAAAUGAAAACACAGCUGUGCAUUCACAAAAUUGUGUAUUUUGGGUUUGAGAAGCACCAAUUUUUAAAUGAAACGUGUUUUUUUUGGUGAAGACGUAAAUAGAAUUUACAUUGUUUAUGGAGACUAUAAUUGCACAAAAGUAAACAGUUUUUUUGUUUUAAAUGCUGUACACAUUUGUAACAGUUUUCUGAAUAUUUUCCUUUUUCCUGUGUUGGUUUUUUUUUUUUCUUUUUUUUUAGUUUACAAAAUAAAGUGAUUUUGCCCUA